UACAUUUCUUAAUUAAUGAUUGACAGGAUUGACACAUGGGAGCAAUUUGUUGUGUAUGCGGAACAUGUGGAAUAAAUAUUAAUGCAGAGAAAUCGUACCGGAAUCUUCUUUGCCAAGAUUCAGUUAAUUUUAAAAUAAAGAGUAUUCAUUAAAAUAUAAUAAUGAUUCUCUCUAGGCGAAUAACAGUUUUAUGUGAACAUUUAAAACAAAAUAUUAAACGAACUCUAACCUUCAACACAACUUCUGAUGUUUCCAGUGCAAACAAUUCUUCUAUUUCAAAACCUGACACAGAAAAGUCGAUAUUAGUAAAUAUCGAGGAUAAAAUAAUGACGAUUACCAUAAACCGUCCCAAGAAAAAAAACAGUCUCGACGUUUCUACGGCCCAAUACCUUUCAGAAGCUCUAGACGCUUUCGACGAAAACAAGGAAGUUUCAGUUGGUAUCCUCCACGGGGCUAAUGGCAAUUUCUGCGCAGGAUACGAUCUUCAUGAAAUCGAGAAACAUCAUGGGAAAUCUGAGCAUGAUUUGCCGCAAUUUGCUUCUUUGAGCAACAGAGACAGUCUUCCAGAAAAGCCACUUAUUGCCGCCAUAGAAGGAUUCGCGGUUGGAGUCGGACUUGAACUUGCCUUGAUGUGUGACAUGAGAAUAAUUGACGAAACGGCGGCAUUAGGUUUCCUGAAUAGGAGAUUCGGAAUUCCUAUUAUGUGCGGAGGAACCGUUCGGCUUCCUAAACUUAUUGGAUAUUCGAGAGCAAUGGACAUGAUUCUCACUGGACGAUUCGUUGAGGGAAAGCAAGCUUUGGAAUAUGGACUGGCUAAUCGUCUUGUGGCCUGUGGCACUGCUGUGGGUCAAGCGACACUAUUGGCGAAACAUAUGACCUAUCAUCCCCAAGAAGCACUGCUCGCAGAUCGUUUAUCCGCCCACUAUGCUACAUUUGGCGCUAUUCAAAUAGACGAGGCACUGCAGUUUGAAAAGGACAGUGCAGCAAAUCCUUUAUUUAAAGAAGGUGUCCAGGAGGCUAGAAAAUUCGCUGAGGGUCUCGGGCGGCAUGGAAAAAGUGUCAACUACCACGAAAGAUUAAAAAUAAAAGACAUUAGUGAUGACUUAUUAUAAUAUUCUUAGAGAAUAAAGAAGAUCUUAAACUACUAAAAUGGAAGAAGCUAUCUUGAAUUUAUGAGUGUUAUCAAGAAGUUAUUUGGUGACUUCUGGCUGUUCCCCAAAUUAAAAUGACGCUGAAGGAAAGAGAUCCGACGACAUAGAGGUUAUACAGGAUUAUGCGACGAACUAGCUAAAGAGUAUUUCGAAAAAUGCUUUUUAAAAAUAAAUUGAAGAAUGUAAAAACCAGUGACAUAUGUGUAUAGGUGCAGAAUAAGAAUAGGUUGGAAGGGGUU